AUGACAGUCGUCACAACAGCUUUGGGACAGGUGGUAUACACAGGCCUCAACUCCACUGUCUAUCAAUCUUUACGUAUAAUCUCACCAAGGGUCUUGAGACAAAUGUUGGAGGCAACACCAGGAUUUGAUUAUACUGAUAUGAAGCCGGAAGACAUGAAACUUGAAGUGCUUGAAGAGAUGCGCGCCUAUGGGAAAAAACUUCCAUUCUUCUAUGUUUUUGCAUUCGCCGCAGCAAUUGAGUUCACAGGCAUGUGUGAUGCAUUCAAGAAAACCAUUAGAAAUGAUGGUUUUAAAGCACUGUACAGGGGAUUGGUUCCGAAUUUACUACUGAAGGCAUUUCCAGCUUCAGUUGCAUCUGUGAUACACUAUGGGCUGAUGGAAGGUCUUGGACUUGAGGUGCUUUUGGCACAAAUGAAAAAUGGGUGGAAUUGA